AUGAAGGCAAUACGCAGAGGCAGACCCUGGUGGCUGGGGACCCUCCUUGGUGCCUGCCUGGCUGCUCUCCCCGGCAGUAUCGCCUGUCCCAGGCUCUGCGCCUGCUACGUCCCCACUGAGGUGCACUGCACAUUCCGGUACUUCACAGCCAUCCCACCGCACAUCCCUCCAAACGUGGAGCGCGUCAAUCUGGGUUACAACAGCUUGCUUAAACUGAUGGAAACAGAUUUUUCUGGCCUGGAGAAACUGGAGUUACUGAUGCUGCACAGCAAUGAGAUAAAUACAAUCCCUGAUAAGGUGUUCAGUGAUUUAUAUUCAUUACAGGUCUUAAAAAUGAGUUAUAACAAGGUCAGAGUACUUCAGCAGGAUGUUUUUUAUGGUCUAAAGAGCUUGGUACGGUUGCAUAUGGACCACAAUAAAAUUGAAUUUGUACAUCCCAACGUUUUCUAUGGACUCACAUCACUGAGGUUGGUCCACUUGGAAGGAAAUUUACUUAAGCAGCUGCAUCCAGAUACUUUUGUCACCUUGCGCUAUAGCCAAGUAUUUAAAAUAUCCUUCAUGAAGCACAUAUAUUUGUCUGACAAUGUGUUGACUUCACUACCACAAGAAAUGUUUUCCUACACGUCUGAGCUAGAGAGCAUUUACCUUCAUGGAAACCCAUGGUCCUGUGAUUGCAAUCUACAGUGGUUUGCAGAAUGGGCAAAAGAGAGACCAGAUGUUACAAAGUGCAAAAAAGACAGAAGUUCUGGUGCUCAGCAAUGCCCAGUUUGUGCUAGUCCCAAAAAUCAUAAAGGGAAAAGCUUAGUGGAUAUUCCUUCUGCAUCUUUAACCUGCACUAAGCCAGCCAUACAUGACUCCCUGAAAUUUAAAAACCUCACAGUACCAGAUGAUGGGGAUUUCAGUUCCGUAUCUCCCAAGGACUUCAUAGCUCCUAUAGGAUCCAUGAUAUUGAACAUGACUGACCAAGCAGGAAGUCGAGGUAACUUGGUUUGCGACAUCCAAAAACCUAAAGAAAUGUCUCCCAUCUCAUUUGACAAAGAUGGCAACAGUACAGUACUCAAAACAUCAUUCUCGGCAUUUCUUGUGUGUGGCAUUGAUUAUGAACAUAUUCAGCAGCUAUGGAGCAUACUGGCACUGUACAGUAAUUCUCCCUUAAAACUGGAAAGGAAUGUCCUAGCAACUAACAUGCCUUUUUACAAAUAUAAACAAAUCUACUCUGAAAAAGAUGAACUUUUUACCAAUAUAGAGACUGAACUGAGAGCUGAACCGUCUUGGUUAAUGCAAAGCAAAGUGGCAUUACAGCUAGACAGGACAGCAACCACGCUUAACACAUUGCACAUCCAAUACUUUACAGAUGCUCAGAUUAUUUUGCCCAGUGCUGACAAAAAACAGGAGAGAAAUAACUGGACCAUCAUCUCCAGGAACAACAAAACACAAACGGAGCACACUGUUUUAGUCGGGGGGACCGUAGAACUGGAGUGCCAAGCAACUGGCGAACCAGCUCCUGCAAUAGAGUGGAUAUUGGCUGAUGGAAGCAAAGUUAGAGCUCCUUAUAUCAGUGAGGAUGGAAGAAUCAUAGUAGUUAAAACUGGAACGUUCACGUUACGGACAGCUGAUACUUUUGACACUGGGCUUUAUCACUGCAUAGGCACAAAUUACAAUGAUGCAGAUACUCUCACAUUCAGAAUUACUGUCGUCGAUCCUUACGUGGAACACAACAGUGUAAAUGGAGCCCAACUUUCUACAUUUGUUGGCAGCACGCUCUACCUUCCCUGUACAUCCACUGCUGUUCCAGAUGCUGCCAUUAGCUGGGUGUUACCUGAGCAUGUGAUUCUUCAUCAUUCUGCAAGAAACAAACAUAUUUUUGACAACGGUACCUUGAGAAUACAAGGGGUAACAGAGCGAGACAGUGGCUACUUCAGAUGUGUUGCAGCCAACCAGUAUGGUGUUGAUCUUUUGGUUUUCCAAGUACUAGUUAGAAAGGACGAAACCACUCUAAAGAAAAAGCAUGUAGCUGUGGGAGAAUGGGAAGAGGGCAAUGGCUCUGGCAAUGCAAUGCUGGCCUCUGCUACAAGACAGAAACAUCCUGUAGCUACUCUAGCUACCUUGACAGCUAAUCGGGGAUCUGCUGCCUCAGCAUCCAGGAAUCGGGUUGCACAGAGUGCACAUAAAAGGAACAGCUACGGGAAAAUGACUUCCAGGCACUACAGGGACAAAAUAAGCAGGCGGUUUAGAGGACACAGAAGACAGUUUGUUUCCUCAGCCAGGAGAGUCGAUCCGCAGCGCUGGGCAGCCUUUUUGGAAAAAACAAAGAGGAACUCGACAUUGAUAGAAAAACGAGGAGAAGUUGCAACAAAACCACCUAUUCAGGUCCGUAAGUUCUCAAAAGUACCUAGGGAUGAGGAGGAAACAUCAGGUGAUCUCAUAUCUCCAGAAGAAGAAUUCAUGAUACCAGUAACAGAGACAGCCACUGUAUCUGCUCUGGAGAGAGCAAUGGAAAGCGUGAUAACUGCAGGGCCUGAGUUGACCACCAGUAACACCCCUGCUAGGAAAACCUCUCUGCUGGUUGCAGAGGCAGUAACUCCCCUACCCUCUCCUUUUUCACAGUCUGUGUCAUCUGACAGCAGAAAGCCACAAACAUAUCUAAAACCUACAAUUACAAACUCAUGGGAAAGAUCUGAUUUAAGUCAAAUAUCAGCAAAUGGUAUAAAACAAUCAACUGUAUCAAAUGGAGCAAGUAGAACAUCUACACUCUUCCCUGCUGGGCAAAGGUUGGUAUAUUCUGGGGAAAGUAAUAACCAGCAUUUAAAAUCUGUAUCUAUGACAGAUGUUACGGACACCAGCAAGUCUGUAACUUCCCAAAACGCAGAGGACAAGCUACAUGUUUUUACUGAGUCUAUUGAUAAGAUUUCCACCAAAACAGAUCAUCAGAUAUCUGUAGUGACAGUCAGUGAACCAAGUCUUGAAUUUGGUUACGUUUAUUUUCAUAGUACUCAGAAACCAGUAACUCCUAAGCCGCCGUUGGACUCAAUUUUCAUUACUCAUCAGCAAAUUCAGAUUAUUCAGGAUGUUACAACUCGGACACCCCAGGCCCAGCAGCAAUAUGGAAGACGAAGGAAAAUUUCUGGUAGGAGACGAAUUGUUAGACCAGGGCAUAUUCCAAGUAUGAAAGAGCACAGAUACAAUUUUGGGAGGCCAGGAUCUGUCAGAGGAAGUACAGCUGUGUCUGCAGAUGUUCAACUGAAUAUGAAAUAUGUAUCAAAUUUACCAACCUUAAAUAAUUUAAGCAGCUCCAUCAAUCCAUUUAGCCCAGAAGCACCCCUGUCCUCCCCCUCUACCACGAAUAUGCCAUUGGAGCACCCAGCAGGUACUCGUCAAAACACAGCAUUCCUCAGGGAAGAGGAAAACAAAGCUAGUGCAAGGCAAAAAGCCACUACAACAGUCAUGCCUUUAUUUACAAAAGGCACUCAAGAUACUCCUCAAUGGAAAUUAGAGACCAGUGCUCCACUUCAGACAAAUACUGAUAGAGGCCAACCUUUUAGUAUCAGACGACCAACAACAGCAAUCCAUACAGCUCAUAUUACAACAGAAAUUACACAUACCAUAAGCACUAAGAUAUCUUCUACCCUUGAAUCAGUCUCACCCAGCAUUAAGCCUAGAACCUCAGCAAAAAAUUCCCAAAGAGGAGAAAUUACUUGGGAACGUCUCUUUGGAAAUGGUGCACAAAAAGAGGUCCUUCUUCAGAAGCUACCGAAACAACAGACAGACAUGUUUCUAUCAACAGAGGUAUCGACCAUGCUUCCUAGAACUACGGCAGCAUUGUCUAUGUCCAAAAUGUCUCCUUUGCACUUUACGCCUGUGUCAACAGGUGGGAAUCACAGCAGUGGUUUCUUGUCUUUAAACAAACCCAUUCAUUAUGGCAACGGUAACUCAGAAGAACAUCUUCCCACUGCAAAACUGCAGUCUUACUCUAAUCCUGCAACUAGUGCAACCAAAGAAAUGCAUGUAACAAGUUUGAAGCCAACAGUUAUACCUAUUAUUACUCCUCAAACUGACAACAAAAUCACCAAAAGUAAAACAUUCAGAGUGGGAAGAAAGAGAGGUCAGAGGAGGAAGAGGCCCCCUAAAAUAUCUACUUCACAAAGCAUGACUGCAGGCCAGAGCACUGCAGCAAUUCCAUCGGUGAAUACAGCCACAGCUGUCGUGACAACAGUUAAAUCAUUAACUAUGCCUACAAGUCUUACAUCUGCAAAACCUCUCUGUGAGAGCGUAAGCGCAGUCUUAGCGACAGAAAUGCCAGCGCUGUGGAUCCUUAACACACCAGACGCAUCUCUGCACAUGCCUGCAGCAGCCACGCAGACAUCAGCGACCCCUGUCACACGGAGGAACAUCCAGUCAGCCACAUUACCACCCAAGAGUCGUAUUGCUCAGAGCCCCACCACACCAAUCCAAACCACACCACUGCUUUCAAAGCCUUUCAGUGCCACAAGUGCGCGACCUGCCACAGUCAGUGCAACAUCUGGGUCAGAACCUGCUCAGCAAAUCAAAGCCACCACAACGGCAAGUGAAAAAUCACACCCGAAAAUGGAAGAGAGAGUUAUCCAAGAAAACCAUGUUGCACAGCCCACAUUCCCAGCAAGAACUGAGUCAAGUACCAGAGCUCCUGCUGCAUCCAGAGACAUCUCUCCUCCCAGCCCUCAGCAUCCCACCCCACUGCCAGCCCUAACAGCAGUUGUGCCACCUGCACGUACUGCAAGAACCACCUCGCCUCCGUGGGGUGAAAUCAAAUUCCGGCAGAAGUCCUCUGCUAAAGUCACAGAGAGAGGCAACACAUUAACUGUCAAUACACUGACCAUACUGAAGCCAUCACAGGUCACGACUCUGUAUGCUCCUCUGGGGGGAAGGGACAAGGACAGUUCUGUCAAAGGCUGGUCUGAAAAGAGACAAGAUCGAGAAACUACCACCAACAGUCUUAUAGCCAUGGACUUUUUAAGCAGAAAUCAUUUUGCAAAGCCCAGAAUAAUUGGAGGAAAAUUAGCUGCUUUUACUGUGCUAGCUAAUUCAGAUGCUUUUAUUCCUUGUGAAGCUACUGGUAACCCCCAUCCAACAAUACAGUGGACCAAGAUAUCGUCAGGGACUGAUGCUCUGGAAAGCCGAGGCGAUGGCAGAUGGAUGGUGUUUGCCAACGGCACGCUCUCCAUCACCCGGGCAGGCCUGGAGGACCGUGGGCAGUACCUGUGCACCGCAGCCAACCCGCACGGCACAGCACGGCUCCUGGUCACCUUGUCGGUAGUGGCCUACCCGCCCCGCAUCAUUGGUGGCAGGUGGCAGCUCCUCACCGCUCACUCCGGAAAGCCCGUGGCAGUGAAGUGCAGAGCUGAGGGCAGGCCUCCGCCCACCGUCUUGUGGGUUCUAGCAAAUAAAACGCACGUCUCCAACUCUUCCGCAGGAAAUAACAAAGUUCACAUGGAACCAGACGGCACUUUAAUUAUCAAGGAAGUCACUGUUUACGACAGGGGCCUCUACACAUGCAUGGCUAAAAACCCAGCGGGCACUGACACGCUGGUUGUAAAACUGCAGGUCAUCGCGGCACCUCCCACUAUUCUGGAAGAGAAGAGACAACGUGUUGAAGGAAUGAUGGGGGAAAAUCUGAAACUCCCUUGCACCGUGAAAGGGAAUCCUCAGCCCACUGUCCACUGGGUCCUCUUUGAUGGCACAGUGGUGAAGCCUCUGCAGUUUGUAAAUGCAAAGCUGUUCCUGUUCUCCAAUGGUACCCUCCACCUCAGCAACAUCGUCCCUUCUGACAGCGGGAAUUACGAGUGCAUAGCCACAAGCUCGACUGGCUCGGAAAGGAGGGUGGUGAGCCUCGUGGUGGAACACAGAGACACGCUUCCAAAAAUAGCUACCGCCUCUCAAGAAAUGACUCAGUUGAAUUUUGGGGAUAAGUUGCUUCUGAACUGCACAGCGACUGGGGAGCCAAAGCCCAGGAUCAUCUGGAGAUUACCUUCUAAGGCAGUUGUUGACCAGUGGCACAGAAUGGGAAGUCGAAUCCAUGUCUAUCCCAAUGGAUCUUUGGUUAUUCAGGCAGUUACUGAAAAGGAUGCAGGUGACUAUUUGUGUGUCGCAAGAAACAAAAUUGGAGAUGAUCUGAUACUGAUGAAAGUCAGCAUCACAAUGAAACCAGCCAAGAUUGACCAGAAACAGUAUUUCAAGAAACUGGUGCCAUACGGGAAAGAUUUCAAAGUGGACUGCAAGGCCUCUGGGUCACCCGCACCAGAAAUAUCCUGGAGUUUGCCAGAUGGGACGGUGAUCAAUAAUGCAAUGCUGGCAGACGACAGUGGACGCAGGUCUCGCAGAUACGUCCUCUUUGACAAUGGAACUCUGUAUCUCAACAAAGUUGGAGUAACAGAAGGAGGAGAUUAUACCUGCUACGCUCAAAACACACUGGGAAGAGAUGAAAUGAAGAUACGCAUCACGGUCGUCAUGGCAGCCCCUCAGAUAAAGCACAAUUACAAGACAUACGUUAAAGUGAAAGCUGGAGAUAUGGCAUUACUGGACUGUGAAGCCGCCGGAGAACCCAAGCCAAAAAUAUUCUGGUUGCUACCUUCCAGUGACAUGAUCUCCUCGUCAACAGCCAGACACUUCCUGCACGUCAAUGGGUCUCUAUCAGUAGGUCAAGUCAAACUGUUGGAUGCCGGGGAGUAUAUGUGUGUUGCUCGUAAUCCUGGAGGGGAUGAUACAAAAUUGUAUAAACUGGAUGUUGUUGCUAAACCACCUAUCAUAAACGGUUUAUAUGUGAACAAAACAAUCAUGAAAGUGACGGCAGUGAGGCAUUCAAAGAAACAAAUUGACUGUAGGGCAGAAGGGACACCUCCCCCUCAGAUUAUGUGGAUCAUGCCUGAUAAUAUUUUCCUAACAGCUCCGUAUUAUGGGAGCAGGAUUGUAGUACACAAAAAUGGGACACUUGAGAUUCGGAACAUAAGGCCUUCUGACACAGCAGAUUUUAUCUGUGUGGCACGUAAUGAUGGGGGAGAGAGUAUGUUGGUGGUGCAGCUGGAGGUAUUAGAAAUGCUAAGGCGACCGAUGUUUAAAAAUCCAUUCAAUGAAAAAAUAAUAGCAAGACCUGGAAAAACUACCACAUUGAAUUGUUCUGUGGACGGAAACCCUCCACCUGACAUAAGCUGGAUGUUGCCUAAUGGCACAUGGUUUUCCAACGGCAUCAAGACUUCCCAGUUUCUCACAGGUAGCAACGGUACCCUCACCAUCUAUAAUCCUGACAGAGACAAAGCAGGAAAGUAUCGCUGUGCUGCCAGGAAUAAAGUUGGCUAUAUUGAAAAGCUGAUCGUCUUGGAGGUUGGCCAGAAGCCCACUAUUCUCACUCACCCAACGGGGCCAGUGAAGGGCAUUAGCGGGGAGUCACUGUCGCUUCACUGCCUCUCUGAUGGGAGUCCCAAACCAAAUACAGCGUGGACUCUGCCAGGUGGCUACGUGCUGGAUCGACCGCAGAUUAACAGGAAAUACGUACUGCUGGAAAACGGUACUUUGGUUAUACGAGAAGCCGCCAUUCACGACCGAGGAAAUUAUGUGUGUAAGGCCCACAAUAAUGCCGGAGAUUCCUCUAUAACUGUUCCUGUCGUUAUUGUAGCCUAUCCCCCGAGGAUUACGAACAGACCACCGCAGACCAUACACACGAUGCCUGGUGCAGCAGUUCAGCUCCACUGCAUAGCACUGGGAAUACCAAAACCAGAAAUUACCUGGGAAUUGCCUGACCACUCAGUACUCUCUACGGGUAACCAAGGCCGAGCGUCUGGGAGCGAACUGCUUCAUCCCCACGGGACAUUACUCAUCCAGAAUCCCCGACCCUCAGAUUCUGGCGCGUACAAGUGCACAGCGAAGAACCAUCUUGGCAGCGAUUUCACAGUAACAUACAUUCACGUCAUUUGA